GCCCUGGUUGGGGCGGGACUUCCUGUCUCGUGUGUCGAAGGGCUUCCAGAGUGAGGUUGUCUGGGAGUGCAGGUCUGUCACGGUGUGUGGCUGCCGCUACGGCCGCGAAUUUGCUAGAGCGUAGUGUACCAGUAUUCGUCACUUAUUCUUGCAGUUAUCCUCGCUCUUCUCCCACGGCGCCUCCCGGAGACCUUGGGGCCCUGAGCGCCCAAGCUGUCCGGCAGGUUCUGAGGAGACCAUGGAGGUGCGGCCGCCGGCGCCAAGGAGCUUGCUCUGCAGGGCGCUGAAUCCUUUCCCUCGGGUCUUUGCUGCCGGAGCUGUGGCCACCGAUUCCAAGGCUCUUGCGGAGGACCUUAAGCUGCCUUCCUACGUCCCGGAAGCCCGAUACCCGGAAUCCGGAUGGGACCGACUCCGGGAGCUGUUUGUCAAAGAUGAACAGCAGAGAACUUCAAAAGAACUUCAGGAUAUAUACAAGGCGGCAAUUUCAGCAGGCAUCAUUGGCUGGGCAUAUGGGGGGAUACCAGCUUUUAUUCAUGCUAAACAGCACUACAUUGAGCAGAGCCAAGCAGAAGUGUACCAUAACCGGUUUGAUGCUGUGCAAUCUGCACAUCGUGCUGCCACGAGAGGCUUCAUCCGGUAUGGCUGGCGCUGGAGUUGGAGAACAACCCUGUUUGUGACUAUAUUCAACACAGUGAAUACUGGUCUAAAUGUGUACCGAAAUAAAAAUGCCCUAAGCCAUUUUGUCAUUGCAGGAGCUGUCACAGGAAGUCUUUUUAGAAUAAACUUAGGCCUACAUGGCCUGGUAGCUGGUGGCCUAAUUGGAGCCUUACUAGGCACUCCUAUAGGAAGCCUGUUGAUGGCAAUUCAGAAGUACUGUGGUGAGACGGUUCAGGAAAGAAAAGAGAAGGAUCGAAAAGCACUCCAGGAGCUGAAACUGGAAGAGCGGAAAGCCAGACUACAAUUUACUGAGCUCCUCCCUGAAGAAAUUGAAAGCAGUUUACAGAAAAAUCAAUCCAAGGAUGAUGCUAUGAAAAUUGAAACACUGCUGAAUCUUCCUAGAAACCCUUCAUCAACAAAUAAACAAGACUAGGAUUGAAAAUGGUCUGGACUCACUGGAGAGUUGAAGGGAGCUAUGUGUUACCAUGUCCAUUGAAUGGUGGUUGGUUGGGCUGCUGACAAAUGUAAGCACUGGCAUCUGUAGUGGCAGUGACUUAUCUUUUAAAAAAAACAAACAAGAAUUGGGCUAUUCUUAGUUUACUCAUCCAUAAAUUUAAACACAUACGUGUA